AAGAAGAAGAAGAAGUUCUUUGUGGUUCAACGGAAACCCGACGUAAGAUCCUGGCUUUGUCACGUGACCUGCACUGCAGCCGGGUCAUCCGCUUCAAACUUCAUGCGCCAACGCGCUCGUUUCUGUCGGAGGCUGCUUAUGGCGAGCAGGAGCUGGACGCCAAUUCUGCGCUGAUGGAGCUCGAUAAAGGUUUAAGGUCUUGUAAACUGGGCGAGCAAUGUGAAGCUGUGGUCCUUUUCCCCAAACUCUUUCAGAAGUAUCCCUUUCCCAUCCUCAUCAACUCUGCCUUCCUGAAACUGGCAGACAUCUUCAGACUUGGGAACAACUUUCUGCGACUCUGUGUGCUGAAGGUCACACAGCUGAGCGAGAAACACCUGGAGAAGAUUCUGAACGUGGACGAGUUUGUCAAAAGAGUGUUUUCCGUCAUUCAUAGCAAUGAUCCUGUUGCUAGAGCAAUAACUCUCAGGUACUUGAUGUUGGGAAGCUUAGCCUCCAUUAUUCCAGAACGAAAAAAUGCCCAUCACAGCAUCCGGCAAAGUCUGGACUCUCAUGAUAAUGUUGAAGUAGAGGCAGCCAUUUUUGCAGCUGCUAGUUUCUCAUCGCACUCUAAAUUCGUCUGCUUCUCCAGUACUUGAAGGAGGACCCCAGAAAAGCAGUGAAAAGACUCGCCAUUCAGGAUCUCAAGCUCUUAGCUAUAAAAGCUCCUCACUUGUGGACCAGG